AUGGGUGUAGAAAUUCUCAUCAAGAAGAUUGGUAGUGGUGUUAAGCCACCAGUUGGAAGCAGUGUCAACGUUCACUAUGUCGGUCGUUUAACCAAUGGUACCGUUUUUGAUUCAUCAAGAAAGAGAGGUGCUCCAUUCAGCUUCAAGUUGGGUGCCGGUCAAGUUAUCAAGGGUUGGGAUGAAGGUGUUGCCCAGAUGUCAAAGGGUGAAACCUCUGAAUUGACCAUCUCCCCAGAUUAUGGAUAUGGUGCUCGUGGUGCCGGUAAUGUCAUCCCACCAAAUGCCACUUUGAUCUUUGAAGUUGAACUCAUUGACUGGAAAUAA